UGUGCUUUUUCCGUAUGGAACACAACAACAACCGAAAGCCUAGCACAGUGUCAGUUUUGUUGAAUAAAAUAUCAAAAGCAUUGUCUCUGGUCGAAACAAAACAGUUUUUAUAAAGCGGUAUUUGUUUUAUAGAGAGACAAGAAUCUAGCAAUGAGUGGACCAGGGCCACAUAAUCUUGAACGAAUACCAGACCAGCUCGGCUAUCUCAUCAUGAAAAGUGAUGGUGCCGUUAUGGCAAGCUCAGGUGAGAUGGAGAAUGACGAGAGGACGGCUGGAAUACUGAUGACGAUGGUGCAAAUGGCAGGCCAAAUUCACUUCGCAAAUGAUAAGGAAGAACACUUCAAAAAGUUAUCAGUUGUCUUUGAAGAAUUUCUCUACAUGGUCACCAUAUCAAGCCAGAAGGUAUAUGUGGUCAAGAGGCGUUACAAUCCGCAGGAACCAAUCACAGCAUAGCAUACAGAUGAGUUCUAUGGUACAGUCAUGUGAGUUGGUGUAUGAAAGCGCCUUCUCCGAAAUAAGUGAUUAGUAAUUGAUUGAUAAGGGAAUAUAUUUCCAUUAGACAAUAUGUGGAAUUUAAUUAAAUGAGUAAACAUUGUAAUUUGUGGGUAGGUUGAUACUAUCCAGCAAUUUGGGCCAAAGGUUGUGUAAAGUAUAAGUUAUACUGUACAUGAUACCUUCAGCUGCGGUGCCAGAGAUAAAAUGAUGAUGUGUCCAAAGGCAGAGGGUCCAAAGUCCUUCACAAGGUGUCCAGGAUUCCUGACAGGGAGUUUACCGCUCAAUCAGACUCAUCUUGGUUGGAGCAAUUUUUUUUUAAGGAAGCUUUCUGGAGUGUCAAUCAAACUUACCAACUGACCAAUCAGAGAACAGCUUAUGUUUUAACACUCAUUUUGUGGGACGUUAGCAACAAUAUCUAGGGGGCGGGGCUUAGAGGAAAGGUCAAUUCUUUUGUGACCCAUGAUAUUCUUAUUAUCAAAAUUUCUAUGAUGAUGUGUUUCAAUUUAAUUGUAGAGCCAAUAGUGCCUCUCUUUAAAAAAAAAAAAAAAAAUUGACUCAGUAUUUAUUUGCUUCAAAAGAUGGGAAGGGAAUGAGAGACUGAGGUGGAUGUGCCACAGUAGCAUAGAACAUAUACAACUAAAAAAAAAAUGGAGGCCAUGACUUAAAAAAAAAGAAGGUUUUGGUAGAUAAUAGAACAAUUCAGUGCUGGUUCCAAUAGGAAAGAGAUGAGUCACAAAGACUAUCAGAAUUUUAAAAUUCAUUUUGAAAUCGUGACACUGUCUCAUAAUCAGGCCCCAAUGUGUAAAUAGCCAUUACUUUUUUCUAAUUGCUGUACUGCCUAUUAUUAAUGUAGAGUAUUAUUAAAGUAAGAUUAACAUACAGUAAUAUAUAGGCCUAUUGGUAAUAAAACAUUGUAAAAUGGUAUAUAGCAUAUUAUUAUUUUUUUUAUAAAACCCAAUGAAAAUAUAUUUUUGAGCUUUUGUUGGGUGUCCAGGAAAAAUCCAUUUUGCUCUCAUCCAGUCUAAUACUCGCGAAAUUUUCUUUAAGUGAUGCUUAAGUGAGUGGUAAUGUCAAACAAUAGCUCAUAUUAUAUAUGCAUUAGUGCUACAGAAAACAAUUAAAAUAUAUUUGGAAUCAGACUUGUUCUUUAUCCCUCAGUAGUUUAACUGCUGUUGUACAUUGUACAAUACUGUGUCUUAUAAGAUGUAGGUACAUAAAUGUUAUUUUAUUACUAUUUGUUAAGAAUGAAAUUAUAAGAAAAGUACAACAUAGGUAUCAAAGGUAUGUGCUUGUAUCUUGUGAAACACUUAAAUUUGCCUAUGCUUCAGAUGGCCAUUGGUCAUAAUAUAUAUUAUAUUUGGAAAUGAGUAGGUGGUUGCUGUUACAUUUCCUCAUGUAUAAUGUAAUUGUUGUUCUUCGUAUCGUGUCCACACACUUGCUAGAUACUUUGUUUCAGACAGAGCUGGACACAUUUUCUAGCACAAUCAAUACUCUGCCAGGAGCGAUGUCGAUUUAGUUCUAAAAACUUGACAAUACGAUCCUUGAGUAUAGUGGUAAAAGGAUUGGUAGGAACAAGGCUGCGACAUAAACGCUCCUUUCUUGACAGUAUGAUUAAAAUGAUAAUCUUGAA